AUGUCCGUUCGAUCGGAUUAUUCUGUCGCCUAUUUCCCUCGGAGCACUAUUUUAGAGACAUAUCUUGAUUCGCAGUCCAUUAUUGCGCUCGCAACUCUCGCGGCUGCAGUACUAUACCUCCUGUCUGAGAUCGUCCCUCGCCGCCGGUUAGUCGAUAAACAGGGGAAUACCAUCCCUAAUGGGCCAUGGGGCAUGCCCAUCGUCGGCUCGUUUCCCUUCCUCACGCGUUACCCCGAGCUCACGCUGGACUACUGGGCGAAGAAGUUCGGCGACAUGUACUCCAUCUGGCUCGGCAACCAGCUCUUCGUGGUCGUGUCGGAUCCGAAGAUCAUCAAGGACCUCAUGGUCACGAACGGCGCGGUCUUUUCCUCGCGGAAAGAGAUGUUCGUCAAGAGCCAGACCAUCUUCAAAGGGCGCGGGAUCACCGCGACGCCGUACAACGAGCGAUGGCGGAAGCACCGCCGCAUCGCUUGGUCCUGGCUUCAUCAGCGCGCCGUGGACGGCUACACCCCUGUUCUCGACAGGGAGGCCACCGCCAUGAUCAAGAACUUGUAUAUUGCCAGUCAGGCGGGCGCCGUCCCCAUCAACCCACAGCCGCACGCCGGGCGGUGCUCCCUCAAUAAUAUGCUCACCAUCGUGUUUGGGAUGCGGACGGACAGCCUGGACCAUCCGCUCGUCGGCUUGGCUCUCAGACUGAGCCGUGAAUUCAUGAAUUGCACAGGGCCCGUGUCGAACCUCGUCGACUUCGUUCCUCUCCUCCAGCACCUACCGACGUCCAUGCGCUCCCGGGGUGUCAAACUCCACGAGGAGCUCAUCGAGACCUACGGAGGCAUGGUCAAGGACAUCGAGGCGCAGCUGAAGGAGGGCACGCCCGUCCCGGACUGCGCAGCGAAGACCAUGGUCGAGUCACGCGAAAAAGAGGGCUUGGACGACCUUGACAUGGCCAUUCUGGCGUCUGCAUUCAUGAUCGGCGGAGUAGAGACCACCGCGGGCAUCAUGCAAUGGUUCUCUGCCCUCAUACCCGCCUAUCCCGCCGUCCAGAAGAAGGCCCAAGAAGAGCUCGACCGCGUGGUGGGGCGCGAUCGCCUCCCCGCCGUCGAGGACGAGCCCAACCUGCCUUACUGCCGCGCCAUCAUCAAAGAGGUCGAACGCGUCCACAAUCCGUUCUGGCUCGGGACGCCUCAUGCUGUGUCGGAGGACUUUACAUACAAGGGGCAGUUCAUCCCCAAGGACACGGUCGUGAUCUGCAAUACUUAUACGAUGCACUUCAACGAGCAACGCCAUCCAGAGCCGUUCACUUUCAACCCGGACCGCUAUGUCGGAGAUACUCUCACGUCAGCGGAGAGCGCCAACCUUCCAGACCCGUACCAGCGGGACCACUGGAUGUUCGGAGUCGGCCGCCGCAUCUGCGCCGGGAAGAUCGUCGCCGAGCGCGAGAUCUGGCUCGCCAUCUCGCGCAUGCUCUGGGCGUUCGACAUGCGCGAGAUCCCUGGCGAGCCGAUCGACCUCAGGGAGUACGACGGCCAGUCGGGUCGCUCGCCGGUGCCUUUUAGGAUCAGGAUCGCGCCCCGCCACGACAAGGUCGUCGAGGUGCUCGAGAAGUUCGAGCUCUGA